GAGUUAAGAAACUUAAGCUUCACAAUGAGUGUUUAUUGAUCUUAACACGCAGUGUGAGUGAGAUUUGGGGAAAUAACUGAACCUCUCAGUUUUCAGCCAUUGGAUUUUAGAUCGUCACAAUAAUCUACCAAAUGAAGCCGUUCCUUGCCAUCAUCGUGGCGCUAAGCGUCGCUGGUCUCGCCAAGUGCGCCAUCAUCGGACGCGUCGUUUGCGACUCGUCCAUCGCCGGCGACAUCUACGGGUUCGGCGCCACGCCCGUCAACGGCACCAUCGCUGAUAGGAUCUCCUUCGACGUGUAUCAGGGCUCGGUUGUGUUGGUGACGAACGUCGCAAGUUACAACACGCGCAGCACCUCAGGCUUCUUGGAACUCAAUGACCUCAUGAGCCAGUACGCCUCACAGCCAUUCAUGGUGCUCGCCUUCCCGUCGACACAGUUCAACAGGGAAGUGCCGGAGAGUAACGAUGAAAUGAUGGACGCUCUGUUCUACGUGCGCCCUGGCAACGGUUUCGUGCCCACGUUCCCGGUGUUCCAGAAAACGCUUGUGAACGGGGAUGGCGAAGACGCGUUCUUCACGUUCAUCAAGAGCGGAUGUUCGUACACGGAAGAGGAAUUUAACGUUGACUUGGAAUACUCACCUAUGACAGUCUCAGACUUUCGUCAACCCUUCGAAAAAAUUCUAGUCGGCAAAGACGGCAAGCCUUAUUUCCGCUACCACGCCUCGGUCGACGUUAGCGUUGUCAUCGCCGACAUAGACGCUUUGUUGGCUGCCUGAAAUAUGUACUGUACGUGCCUUCCCAACUGAUGAGCAUCGCAUGUUCUUGCAAACUUAUUACAAAGAAUCUUGAAAAAACUGUCGAAAGGUUAUUCUCCGUCUUG